AUGCGGCAACAUACUGCUAAACUUCGAGCUUCACAAUCAAAAGAAGAUAGAGCUGUUCGCUUAGAGCACAUGCGGCAACAUAAUGCUAAACUUCGAGCUUCAAAAUCAAAAGAAGAUAGAGCUGUUCGCCUAGAGCACAUGCGGCAACAUAAUGCUAAACUUCGAGCUUCACAAUCAAAUGAAGAUAGAGCUGUUCGCUUAGAGCACAUGCGGCAACAUAAUGCUAAACUUCGAGCUUUACAAUCAAAAGAAGAUAGAGCUGUUCGCUUAGAGCACAUGCGGCAACAUAAUGCUAAACUUCGAGCUUCAAAAUCAAAAGAAGAUAGAGCUGUUCGCUUAGAGCACAUGCGGCAACAUACUGCUAAACAUCGAGCUUCAAAAUCAAAAGAAGAUAGAGCUGUUCGCUUAGAGCACAUGCGGCAACAUACUGCUAAACUUCGAGCUUCACAAUCAAAAGAAGAUAGAGCUGUUCGCUUAGAGCACAUGUGGCAACAUAAUGCUAAACUUCGAGCUUCACAAUCAAAAGAAGAUAGAGCUGUUCGCUUAGAGCACAUGCGGCAACAUACUGCUAAACUUCGAGCUUCAGAAUCAAAAGAAGAUAGAGCUGUUCGCUUAGAGCACAUGCGGCAACGUACUGCUAAACUUCGAGUUUCAAAAUCAUAA